AUGAUCAAUGAUGAAAAUGACGAGGAAUUUAUCUAUACGCCCAAGGGAAAGCUCUCUAAGAUUUUGUAUAUAAUUCACCUCGUGUACUUCGUUAUUGGAGUUUUGAUGAUUUCUCUUACAUUUGUCCAGUCAACUCACCUCAUGGGGUUCAUCUACGGCGUGAUUUUAACCAUUCUGAGUGGCCUUUUGUUGAUUUGAAUCAAGAUAAAUUCGAAGUCGGGCAAGAUUCGUAGUAGAAAGCACAUUUUUAUAGCUCUAACUGCUAUUUUAGGGCUCUUUUUCCUCUGGGUACUAGUUGUGUUUAGCAUCCGACUUCUUAAUUUCAUUAGAAGUCCAAGAUUAAAACUAGUUAGGCCAUCCAGCUUAGAGGAAUCUAUCGAGGCUAUUCAGACAACUGAAAUCUCUCAGCAAGGAUUUUAUACAAAUUAUGAUUCAGAAACUGGCAAUAUUAUCGGAAACCUAGCUUUUCCUACCCACAAUGUUUACCUAAGCGAUGUCCUAUUCGAUCUCGAUAAGUUCGUCGACUGUGCUGGUGAAGGAGGCAACACUCGAGUCCAAAGGAAAGAACUCGGCGACAACAUCCUCUCAGACCCUCACUUGCUUGUCCACGUUAACACAGCCAGUAAUUGGCUUGGGUUGAUCCAGGAUAGACUUCUCUACCUCCAGACUUACGAAACUCCCACUCCAACAACCUGGCUGUGCCUAAACAGGAUCACCAGGACCUCCUUCAGCACCAGUCCAGACUGAAUCCAGUCUUUAAUAGAAUGCGUCAUCGAGGCAAGCGAGUAAUCCUCCCUGACAACUUUCGCUUAAGAAGGAAUUUCAUGAAUUUUAGAGUUUCAGUGGGAAAUUUGGAAAUUUGGAAAUUUUUAGUGAAAAAGUGGCAAAUGGGCUCUGCAAGGGGAUUUUUGGGGUGGACAGCUGAGUGGGGAUUUUGGGGGAAAAAGGUGGUUUUGGCUGGGGAGAGGGCUGAUAGAGGGGUUAGGGGAUAGAAAGGUGAGAAAUUGGGGUAGAGAGGAUAUAUAAGGGGUUUAGAAGAGAUUUUUGAGGUUUUUGGCACUGGAUUUAAGUCAUUGGUGGUCUGUUUCUUCGAAAAGAUCUUGAGAAAUGUUGAUACAUAGGAUGGUAUAAUGUGUUUGUAGAUUAGAUUCAACAAUUUUUUUUAUAGAGAUUGUAAUAAAAUUACUGUCUUGUUACCAUUUUAGCAAACCUGACUCCCUUGUUGUCUUUCUAAUAAAAAUAACAAUUUAAACUUUUGAAAUAGUAUGUUUGUGCUCUGGCUCAAGAAACCAUCUUAGAAUUUAAAAUAGCUAAUAGAGCACAAACAAAUUCAUCUUAAGUUAAAUAUCAAACAGCAAUGAAGGAUCAGAUUAAGAGGAUAAUAAGGAUAUUACCUAAAGUGUUCUCUAAUUUGAGUAUCAUACUCCUUAGCAUCUCCCAAUAUUUCUUUCACACUAAUCUACAUAAUCUCCAUCAAACCUGCCCCUCUAACUCCCUAGUGCCACCUCUUCCCCCAUCUAGACAAACACUUUAUGAACAAUCUUCACCAUUAGUAC